ACAGGCCUGAGCCACCGCGCCCGGCAGGUGUGGGUUUUAAGAGAACUUAGUCUGUGGUUCUCAGCCUUGGCUGAAGCAAAGACUUACGCACAUAGCUUCUAAAAAAUGUCAAUUCAGAGAGCCUCCUCCCAGAGAUCGAUUGGGGAAGAGCACCGUGUUUUUGAAAGCUCUCUACGGGCCUAUCCUGUACAGCAUGUGCUGGGGGAAACGUGCCAGAGGGCCGGUGAACUGGAGGACCAUGCCCAUCGAGAAGCGGCUGCCAUGUUAACUGCCUGCUUAUGGAAGAAGGAUCAUUGUCAGAUUUCGCAGUUCAGGAAUGACCUUAGACAAUAUCAAUCGGGCAGUUGUGGAUCGAAUAAUCCGGGUGGAUCAUGCGGGCGAAUAUGGAGCAAACCGCAUCUAUGCCGGGCAGAUGGCCGUCCUGGGUCGGACAAGCGUCGGGCCAGUCAUUCAGAAAAUGUGGGAUCAAGAAAAGGACCAUUUGAAAAAGUUCAGUGAGUUGAUGGUUACGUUCAGGGUCCGGCCGACAGUUCUGAUGCCCUUUUGGAACGUGCUGGGCUUUGCACUGGGGGCAGGGACCGCCUUGCUCGGGAAGGAAGGUGCAAUGGCCUGCACCGUGGCGGUGGAAGAGAGCAUAGCACAUCACUACAACAACCAGAUCAGGAAGCUGAUGGAGGAGGACCCUGAAAAAUACAAGGAACUUCUUCAGGUGAUAAAGAAAUUUCGGGAUGAAGAGCUUGAGCACCAUGACACAGGCCUUGAACAUGAUGCCGAAUUGGCUCCAGCCUAUGCCGUCCUGAAGAGCGUUAUCCAAGCUGGAUGCAAAGUGGCGAUAUAUUUAUCAGAAAGAUUGUAAAGUGUGUCCAGUUAUGCCUGCCUAUGAAAGAUGACAGUAAUUUACCAAGUGACAUUUGCAGAGAAACAAGUGUACAGUUAUCAUUGUACUUUUGUACAAUGUGAAUUUUGUUAAUUAUAAGGUUUCUUUUUUAAAAAAAAAAAAACUGCAGUGUUGAUUUUUCUCUGGGUUGUGUUUUCUGCCAUGAGACCGACAGGUCACCAGCCUUGUUCAAGUCACAGCAAACAAAGCUGAACCUUGUUUGGUCUCAUACUUAAUUUUCUUUUAUAUACAUGUUUUUCUUUUA